ACGGCUUAUCGCCGCAUAUAAGUGCUAGGCAAGUGUCCGGCAGCUUAUACCGCUUUAAUCCUGCGCUGAGUGAAAAUGUUACGCCACAUCACGCUCGUCGCGUUAUUCGCCAUCGCCUGCUUUGGUGGCCGCGCCAUUGCUGGCUCCAACUCGUUACUGGACAAUGGACGCAUUGUCGGUGGCACCGAUGCCGAUAUACGUCAAUAUCCACAUCAGAUAUCGCUGCGCUAUCGGGGACGUCAUUUCUGUGGCGGCAGCAUCUACUCUGCAAACAUUAUUGUGACGGCCACGCAUUGUGUGGACGAUGAGGACCCCACGGAUAUAAGCAUUGUCGCCGGCGUGUCAACACUCGAUGGAGAGGGCGUCAACAUUCCAGUUGUGAAGAUUAUAGCGCACGAAAAGUAUAAUGUACUCAACGAUUAUGAUGUGGCAUUGUUAUUGUUGGCCACUAAUUUGACUUUCAAUGAGUCUAUUCAACCGAUCGCACUGGCCAAGGAGCGUCCUCCGGCAGGCACUGAGGUUACCGUUACCGGUUGGGGUAGACUCGUAGAGGGCGGGCCAUUGAGUAAUCGCUUGCAACAGGUGACGGUUAAUCUAGUGGGACAGUCUGAUUGUCGCAAAUCAUAUUUGCUCUUUUUGACGAAACGUAUGCUGUGCGCUGGUGUGGUGGGUGGCGGUCAAGAUUCCUGCCAAGGUGAUUCGGGUGGUCCACUAAUUGUUGGCAAUGAAUUAUUGGGUAUUGUUUCAUGGGGUGCCGGCUGUGGCAGUAAAAACUUCCCGGGUGUUUAUGCAUCGGUGCCCGAUUUAGCUGAGUGGAUCGAAGCGACGUGCGAUAUACUGACGAAUUCCGGAAAUUCUGGCGGUGCUGAAUCUGAGCGUUAUUCAUAUUUGUAAAUAUGUAUAAACUAUAUAAUUUUGAGAUUAAACAUUGAUAAGUCAUAA